AUUGCAAACACUUGAACAUUGAAUCAUCGGCGUUUGUUGCCACCUCUACAUAGAAAUUUGCUGUAACCAGUGCAAGAACCUUCACAACGCCCAUGGUUACAUGCCCACCUAAUUUAGUAGAAGGGAAUGUACCAAUAUGCUUGUGGCGAUGUCGUCAGAAAUCCGAAGUUGUCGCUCACAAGAGCCCUGCUAUCCCAGCUCGACAAGUGUUAUGGCUCUUCUCCUUCACAUGAUUGUGGGUUUUGAUUCCACCUGCCUCACCUAGAUCUUGCUGCGUUGCAGCUUCCUUAGUUGUGUGUGGCGUUGAUUCCGUGUAGAGCUUUUCGCGUCCAUCGUUAGACGUUUGCUGCCGUUUUGAGAGAUGGAGCUCGUUAGAAAUUUGUGCAAUGACGUGCAAGUUCUCAAAUCUAUAUGGUUCGGGAAAAUCACCGGCUCCAGUCACAAGGAGCGUCUCGAAAGCUUCUAUGGCCCUCAGGCGCAUGUUUGUACGCCUCCGCUGAACCAUCUUCUUGUAUAUUUAUAGGAUUUUGUGUUCAGUGGAGUUCUUGGAGCUGUCUAAAAACAAAAUGUAGCUGAUUUUAUCGGAGAAGUGAUAUGUUUAUUAGCUCAUGAUUAUCUUCCGUCUACACUUUUUGUCUCGCGGUAGUAGCCUUCACAACACUAAGAGUGUUCAAUAUCUUCUAUCAAUCAUUCAAACCGCACUGCUCAAUUUCGUAGCCAUGCAAAGCACAUUUGCACAAUCGUUGAAGAUUGGGUAGUACUUGGUUUGCACCAUAAAUUUUCAAUCGGAGAGUGGAUGCCGAUGUGAGGGAUUGCGCAAUGGCUGACCGUGUGACUAAAAGUAUUUGCUGCGAAAACGAAUAUAUUGGCAGUAAAUCAGUUUUGUUGCUUGCUGUGCGGUUUUCCGGUGUUUCUCUAGUUGUGCAAGAGCUAACCACUGGUUAUUAUCCAGAUGACCAUUUCAGAGCCCGAUUUCUACACGGUAGAAUAGGAAUGCUUCGAGCAUGUGCACGAGAGAUGCACAAAUUGCAAGGUCGUAAGGACCUCGUAUGGGUGGACUUGGGAGGAGGAACAGGGCAGAAUGUAGAAACUAUGGCCAGUAUUUGUGAUUUGUCGUUGUUCAAAAAGGUCUAUGUGGUAGAUAUCUGUGGUCCACUCUGUGAUGUUGCCCGAGAGAAGGUGGCCAAGUAUGGAUGGACCAACGUGGAGGUAGUGGAGGCUGAUGUAUGUGACUACGAACCGGAAGCAUCUCCCGCAACGCUCGUCACCUUUUCGUACUCUCUAUCUAUGAUUCCUCCAUUCCUGAAUGCUCUUGACAAAGCAUCACGCUAUCUAGACCCUGCGGUGGGUAUCUUGGGUGUAUCUGAUUUUUUCACUUCAUUGAAACACGACAAGACUGAACGUCAACAUGGCUAUCUCACACGGUGGUUCUGGAGAUCUAUUUUCGACCUCGACAAUAUUGACCUAGGUCCAGAGCGGAGGCAAUACAUGGACUACAAGUUUGAAACUGUUUAUGAAGAGAAUCACCUUGGAUACAUUCCAUAUGUGCCGAUACUGCAAGUUCCGUAUUACAUCUGGUUAGGUAGGCCCAAGCAAUAGCCAGAAAACUGAGCUCAGCAAGCCAUAAUUCCAGAUUUUUGUGUAUACUAUUUGUCCAACUCAAAAGCAGUGCUGGAUUUGAGUUGCUAUAACCUUUUCAGGGAUGACUAUUCUCUUUUUUUCUCUUUAGACAUGCUGACCCGAAUUCGCUAGCUUAGGGAGAUGUCACCCAGAAUACUGCAGGUUAAUUUAGAUUUCUGGUUUAAUUAUUGCCAGGUGUUGCCAAUGGUUUACAAUAUGUCAGAUAAAGUUUAUCUUUUCUAGGAAUACUACGGCCAUAGUGUAGCAGAAUAGAUACCCAGCUGGUACCUGAUACUGGACCAACUGAAAAUUUAGGUAACUCCUUGCACCAGAACAUUUUCUUAAACCCUUAACCCUGUUUAAUGGUUCAUAAAUGAUUUUGUGUUUAUUUAUUUAUUUUAAAUCUCAAACUUUUAACUCUGCA